AUGAGAAAGUUUUUGGUUCCUAGAACAAGUAUUGAGAAUGUUAAUGUUGUGCAACCGGAAGCCGAAGUAGAAGAAACACCGCCUAAUGUUGCCAAUGAAUUUAAUCCAAAUGAGAUUGUACGUGAUCCAGGAUGUAGGAAACAAAUUCAUGAGUAUGCUACGGAUAUUCAAGACCAAGUGAGGAGGGCAUAUAUAUUGAAGGGUCCAACGCAACCAGAUUUAGCAAUAUUUCCUCGUACUCAAUUUGGGAAGUCUUCAAGAGCGUUUUGUAAAGCAUGGUAUAAGAAUUAUACAUGGGUUGAAUACAGUGAGUUGAAGGAUGCAGCUUAUUGUUUUUAUUGCUUUCUCUUUAAGCCGCCCGGGAGGGCCGAACACUUUGGUUAUGAAGUCUUUAACAAAGACGGAUUUAAAGAUUGGAAGCAUGCAUCUAAAGGCUUCAAAGAUCAUAUUGGUAGUCAUAAUAGUAAGCAUAACUCAUGUAUGAAGCACUAUGAUGAUUAUAAUAAUCAAAGACAAAGUGUUACAAGUAUCUUUGCUAGAGCAACUAGGGAAUCAGAAGAAUUGUAUAAGAUUCGUUUGACUUGUUCUUUAGAUUGUACUAGAUAUCUCAUAGCACAAGGUAUUGCUUUCCGUGGCCAUGAUGAAAGCUCUACUUCUCUAAACAAGGGCAAUUUUAGAGAGAUGGUGGAUUGGGUAAAAUCUAAUGAUGAAAAAGUGAGAGAUGCUUUUGACAGUGGUCCAAAAAAUUGCACAAUGACUUCUGGUGACAUUCAAAAGGAGCUUGCAACGUGUUGUGCACAUGAAGUUACCAAGGUCAUUAUGGAAGAGCUUGGUGAAAGACAAUUCUCUGUGCUUAUUGAUGAGUCGCGUGAUAUAUCUGUCAAAGAGCAAAUGGCGGUGAUGUUGAGGUUCUUGAACGACAAAGGAAAAGUUGUGGAACGAUUUAUUGCUCUAUAUCAUGUCAAAUAUACUACAUCUGAGGCACUAAAGGAUGCUCUUUAUGAUGAAAAUCCUUAUGCUUUCUAUGUCCAUUGUUAUGCUCACCGUUUGCAAUUGGUGGUUGUGUCUGUUGCUAGUAGUUGCUCAUCUAUUCACGAUUUCUUUGAGUAUAUCUCCUUGAUUGUAACCACAACAAGUGCAUCUUGCAAGAGAAAGGAUGCUUUGACAGAGGCACAACACCAAUAUAUUUUGAAUAGGCUUGAGAGUGGUGAGAUAUCUCAAGGAAAGGGCUUGCACCAAUCAACUAGUCUCGCUAGAUCCGGGGAUACUAAAUGGGGUUCACAUUAUACUACCUUGAUUCGUUUGGAUGAGAUGUGGUCUUCCGUGUUAGAGGUGCUUAGUAUUGUUGAUGAAGAUGGACGUGGACCAUCUCAAGCAGCAGUUGAUGAUGUUAAAGCUCGAUUGGCUAUAUUGAGAGAGAAUGGUUGGGAUGAUUUAUUUAUUGAUGUCCAAGAAUUUUGUGUUGCUCAAAGUAUUCCGGUGCCAAAUAUGGAUGAAGAAAUGCCGGUUCGGAUGGAUCACCGGUUUAGUGAAGGAAGUAACAUUGUGCUGGAUUACUUCUCAUGUCUUGACCCCAAAAACUCUUUUUCCAAGUUUGAUGUUGAUAAGCUUGUUCGUCUUGCUGAUAUUUAUCAUGCAGACUUUUCUAAUGAUGAUCGUGGAACAAUAAGGGUGCAACUUGAGACUUAUGUACAUCAAGUGAAAAGAAAAACGGGGCACUCUGUUCAUGAAUGUAAGAUGCUUAGAUUACAACAUCCCAAUGGGAUCCCGAAAAAUCAAGAGAACAGGAAUCAAAAAAUUGGAGUUACUACAACAGAAAAAGUUGUUAAUCAGGAAGAACAAUGGGUGGAGGUUGGAAACAAAAAAGCUGCUGGGCCUGUUUUGGAUAAUCCCAACACCGGUUGUGGUUUAUAUCCCGUCAAUCCGGUUGGGAACUUUGGUGGACCUAUUCUGGAACCGGUUAUCCAAGGUGACGAUUCUGCAGGGCUUAUUGGUGAUGUCGCCAUCCUUGAAUCUCUCUCUGCUAGGCCGGUGGUUCAUCUUGCAGGUGGAGAUAAAUCUGUCACUGAUAUAGUCCCUCAUUCUCAGAAUUUUGUGGAUCAUGUCCCUGAAGAGUCAGGUUCCUCUCCGUCAGCCUUUGUGGAUGCUACGCAGGACCUUCGGGAUCACAACAAUGAAGGUUUUUUACAAAGCUCUUGGGAAACUUUAGCUAGAAUUCCUGAACCAGAUGGAGCUUUCUCUUCAGCAGUCGCAAUCCUAAAAGAGAAGAAAACUACAAAGGUUAAGAAGAAAUCCUCUAGGUCUCAAGCAGGACCAAAGAAAUCUUCCUUAUGA